AAGGAGCAAACUUUGAAUUUGAUUUGAAACUUUAGCAGUUUAAUGGAUGGUUCCCGAAAUUUUGGGGGUUUUUUGUGGUUGUUUUCUUGCUUAGGUUUUUUUUCCAGUUUGUAUUGUGUAUAUUGUUGCGCCGAGUGCUAAAAUGCUAUUGAUUUUGCGAGUUAGUAUGGUAGGAUCUUAAGAUUGUUGAAAAGUUGUGGCUUUGAAUUCACAAUGUUAUUAUCAAAUAGUGUAAUUUUUGUUUCCGGUAGAACCGGAUCAGGAAUUUGGUUCAUUUCAUGGCAAUUUGUAUCCUGUAUCUCUCCCUCUCUCUCUCUCUCUGAAACAAAAGAGGCGGAAAAAGACACAAUAUUAUGUCUCCCAAGGGAAACAUGUCAAGUUUAGAAGAUCGGGGCAAAAGUAAAAGCUAUCGAAAAAGUUUGGGGACAAACGGCGCAAUUUACUGCAUUGUAGUCCAACUUUUGUUUAACACCAUUUUAGAGUGAUAAGAUCUAAUGUUUUGCAUUUUGUGAGGGCUCAUAUUCUUAGUACAAGUUUUUCUUCGAUCAGCUUUGCUUUUCUCUUUUAGGUACUAUGUGUUGUGUUUAUCCUAUAUAUUCGUAAUGUUUCAUGUAAAUUGCAAUCUAAGACUCUAUAAUGGCUUGACACCACGACAUUCUCUUCCUUAUCACUUUUACUUUGUUAUGGUGUUUUUUAGAUUACUGCUAAAUUUUUCUUUACUCUCUGCACAUUUCCCACAUUUCCAAUUUGAAGACGAAAAACAAAGAAAAAGUAUAUAGUGAUUCAGUAUAAUGUUCCAGGUUAACCCUGUGAAAUACAAUAGCAUUUUUUCGGGCUUAAGUGUCCUUGUAAAGGAGCAAGGGCCAUCAUCCCUUUGGAGGGGCUGGGCCGGAAAAUUCUUCGGAUAUGGUGCUCAAGGUGGCUGCAAGUUUGGGCUUUACGAGUAUUUCAAGAAGAAGUACUCGGAUAUAUUAGAAGGACAAAAUAAAAGUGUCAUCUUCUUCGUUAGCAGUGCGUCUGCUCAGGUAAUAGCAGAUGUUGCCCUUUCGCCCUUUGAAGCUGUUAAAGUUCGUGUCCAGGCGCAACCCAAGUUCGCAAAGGGGUUGGUCGAUGGCUUCCCAAAGUUGUAUGCCACUGAAGGAUUUUAUGGGUUUUACAGGGGACUUUUGCCACUUUGGUGUCGGAAUCUUCCAUUUUCCAUACUGAUGUUUUCAACAUUCGAGCACUCCGUCGACUUUUUAUACCAUACUGUUCUCCAAAAAAGGAAACAAGACUGCUCGACAACUCAACAGCUUGGAGUGACUUGCUUAGCUGGUUAUGCAUCUGGGGCUAUCGGCACUGUCGUCUCGAAUCCGGCAGAUAACAUCGUCGCUUGUCUUUACAAUAAGAAGGCUAAAAAUGUAAUGCAGGCUAUUAGGAGUAUUGGUUUCCCUGGUUUGUUCACAAGAAGCCUACCUCUUCGCAUCACACUUGUUGGACCAGUUGUAACCAUGCAAUGGUUCUUCUACGACACCAUUAAAGUAUUGACCGGCUUGCCGACAAGCGGAGGCAUUCCGCGUGAUGUUGAUGGAACCACCAGCUUUGAUUUGGAUAAAAUCAACAGCUUGAGCUGAUACUAGUACUCUUGAUAAUACUCCGACUCGUCGCUUUUUCCGAAGAUGAGAUAUACAGCGGCAAGUAUACUAAUCCUCCUUCCACCUUCAUGAAUUUAAAGAAGAGAGAGUAGUCGGUGAAUCAUUUACCGUGUUUAGAUACGGUGAAUAAAUUACCGUGUUUAACUUAUUCCAGCACCUCCCCUUACUUGCGUGGCGUUUAAGUGGCAAGAAUAGGGCCAAAAUUGUAAUUAUAAAUUUGAUGGGUUAUUUGUGAAAAUAAUUUUUUUGAGGGGGCCAAAUACAAAAAAAAUCCCAUAUAUGGAAUGCUAGGGAGCAAACUCAAACUUGUUAGAAGGUAGAGGACUUCUAAUGCAAUUUUACCCUACUAAUCCACUUGAAGCAUGCUUCAAGGCUUUCCCAUGAUGACAUAGAUUACUUGACGCACUGCUUUUUUGCAUUUGCUUAUCUUCACACAAAAUGAAAUGAUAACAUUUUUUAAAAAAAA